CCUUGCGGCCACUGGAAAGCGUGCGCCCCAAGACGGGGUGGGGGGUGGCCAUGGGCAAUGUGCCAUCCGCGAUGAAACACUGCCUCAGCUACCAGCAUCUCCUCAAAGAGCAACUGUGGAUUGGGGAGCCUGCUCUGCAGCCGCCCGAGCAGGAAUUGCUCAUAAGUGGAUUUCCUGAAUUUGUUAAGGUUGUAGAAGUUGGUCCAAGAGAUGGAUUGCAGAAUGAAAAGGCUGUAGUCCCUACAGAUGUCAAAAUAGAGUUAAUUGACCGACUUUCUAAAAGUGGUUUGCCUGUCAUAGAAGUGACGAGCUUUGUUUCUUCAAAAUGGGUACCUCAAAUGGCAGAUCACACAGAAGUAAUGAGAGGAAUAGAAUAUUAUCCUGGAGUCCGAUAUCCAGUACUGACUCCUAAUCUUCAAGGUUUCCAUUCUGCUAUUGCUGCUGGGGCAACAGAAGUGUCCGUCUUUGGUGCAGCAUCUGAGUCUUUCAGCAAAAUGAAUAUUAACUGCACCAUAGAAGAAAGCAUGGACAAAUUUGAAGACGUUGUGAAAUCAGCAAGGAAUAUGGACAUACCAGUGCGAGGGUAA